GGUGGAGCCGGCUGGAGUCCGAUGGUUGCGACCAGACGGUCUGAGGAAGUUAAACAAAUUCCUCAAACUGUCCGACAAGAACAGGAAGGUGACACAGGUGAAGGAGGUUCAGUCAUAUCCUGAUCAUCCAGACAGAUUUGAUUACUGGUAUCAGCUGCUGUGUACAGAUGGUCUGACUGGUCGCUGUUACUGGGAGGUCGAGUGGAGUGGAGGGAUCGAUAUAUCAGUGAGUUACAGAGGAAUUGAAAGGAAAGGCGACAGUAAAGACUGCGUGUUUGGAAGGAACGAUCAGUCCUGGAGACUGGAAUGCUACAGUGAUGGUCGCCCUCGUUCUGUGUGGCACAAUAACAGAAGCAUGUCUUCCUCCUACUCCUCCUCCACCUCUUCUGCCUCUAACAGAGUAGCCGUGUACGUGGACUGUCCUGCUGGCGUUCUGUCCUUCUACAGAGUCUCCUCUGACACUCUGAUUCACCUCCACACCUUUAACACCACAUUCACUGAACCUAUUUAUCCUGGAUUUGGUUUCAAUCCUAAUGCAUCAGUGUCUCUGUGUCCUGUUUAGUGUGAAGAAGCUCCUCCUGUUAGAGAAACAUCAACUGUUUUCUGUCUCAUUCACUCAGAAACGCUUCAUCAACUGUUCUAAACUAUUUCUUACAA